AUGGCCGACGGCCAAGAUCCGGCUCCUCAGGAGCCCGAUGGCCACAAUUUCACCAACACGGGGCUCAAUUUCACAGACGACACCGAAAUGGCCAAUAGCGGCCACCAAAUUGACCAAGCUGAGCAGACUUUCGCUCUGUCAGAAUUGGCUCUCCCUGAGAACAACGCUCUUGAGACCACUGAUUUGGAGCCCAGCAUAUCAGAAAACGUGAACAUGACGGAAAACGACCAAAUGCUCGAUCUCGGCGAGAACUUCUUCGGACAAAACCUCGCUGCAACACCUCACCACGCCGACGAAGUCAUGCCCAGCAUGACAGGCGACUUGGACCUGGACAUGCUCAACGCCUUCGGUGAGAUCCAUGGACUCGGUGAGCUCGGUGAAGUCGAUUUCGGCGAGGACGCUCCAAAAUUAGAGCCUGCGAGCUCUCAGCACGGCGAUUUUGAGUAUCCCAACGUGGAUCCCAUCGUUUCGGAUGACAUCUCGCCUGUGGAGAGUGCUCAGCAUGUUGCUCCGGCGGACCUCGGCGAUUUGGUGGAUGUCUCGCAGAUCGAGAGCGCUCACAGUGCUGCUCUAGCGGAUCUCAGCGGUUCAAUGGACGUCACGCCGGCCGAGAGCGUUCGUCCCAUCAAUCUCGGACGCUCCAUGCUCGGAAACAAGAAAAAAGCGAAGGAUCUGGGAAUACCACCCGGUCAAGCCAACCGCGAAAAAUUGAAGGCUACGCAGGUCCGCCUCGCCAGACAGUUCGCCAAGAAGCAGGCAGCACAAGCUGUCAGCGUACCCUCCAACACAUCCUCCCAGCUCGGUGCAGACGAGAGCGUCUCAGACGUCUUUGCUCCCUCCGAUGUUGGAGUCAGUGCAGACGUUCAACCCGAGCAAAGUGAGUUUGAGGCUCUCAAAGCCGCGCAUCUGCUCAAGAAACGAGCCAAUACGAGCGAUAUCGAGAGCGAUGUUGCAUUUCUUAUGGCCCAAGCGAAGGRGAAUGCUAGGCUGCGAAAAUUGGUCACUGACGAGCACUUUGAGCAAGACCCUUCCUCCGACGAAGAAGGCGAGUCUGAAGGGCUCUUUGUAACACCCCUGGCUAGGUCUCCAGCUUCGCACGCUCCAAACAGCGAAGACGGCACGGCGACUGACGGUUUCUUCACCAACAGCGUMAAGACUCGCAAGCGCAAGCGUAAGGCGGAUGAACCUGGCGCCAUGGCUCCCCCAACCAAAAAGGGAGGGAAGAAGCCCAAAGCGCCCACUGGACGCUCCUUGGGGGCCGGCAAGAACGGUAAAGCUCUCAGCAAUGAGGACGUAGAACGUACCUUGAGGGCUAUGCAAAGCGGCGUGGAUCCGGCACCUAGCAAUCAGUCAAAAAAGACCAAAUCGGGUAGAAAGCAACCUUCCCACCAGAUAUCAAACGUCAAAUCCAUGAUGCAUGGCCCGGACGUUUUCAGAGAUGCGGCAGCAGUCGCCGGACACUCCAAUCAGCCCGGUUUCAAGGCAAACACCAAUCGAAAAGACCAUGCUUUGAGAGAUCUGAUCGCAUCCGUGCCACAGGACGAUAAAUCUGCAGCUGCGGGCGAUAAGAAGUUCCUGGAAGACAGCUUGAAGGAUUUCACUGGUCAAGGAAGCUGCAAGCCCUCAAAGGACGGGACUGGAUGGCAGCUCAAGGGUAUGAAGUGCACCCUGAAGCACUACCAAGUUCUGGGUGUUGCAUUCAUGAGGAGGCGCGAGAACGAGACGAUUCAUCCACGCGGUGGUAUCCUUGCCGACGAAAUGGGCCUCGGGAAGACCAUUCAGAUGAUCGCGAACAUCAUCAAUGGCAAGCCAAAGCAGGGCCAGCCCAGAUGCACUCUCAUUGUUGCGAGCCCUGCUUUGAUCAGCCAGUGGUAUGCCGAGAUCACCAAAUUCGCAAUGACUCGCAGUGAGAACAAGAAGCAUGGCAUUCAGCGUGUCAUUCAACAUCGUGCAGGCUACAAGCAGCCUGGAACUGAAGCGAAUAUCAAAGAAGCCAUCAUGGAWGUCGACAUCUGCUUGACCACUUACACCGAGCUCGGUAAGAGUUACCCCAAGGCAGAAGUUCCUGCUGAGAUCACCACCGACCGCGGCAAGGCAGAUUGGUGGAAGCAGCAUUUCGAAGAAAACAAAGGUGUGUUCCACGAAAUCAAAUUCCUCCGAGUUGUUCUCGACGAAGCGCAACAAAUCAAGAACCACACCUCACACACCAGCAUGUCAUGCCGUGCGCUGAAAUCGGAGUACUACUGGGCGAUCUCCGGCACUCCCCUUGUGAAUGGCAUCUCUGAGAUGUAUMCAUACCUCAAGUUCUUGCGUCAUCCCCACACUGGCAGUAUGAGGACCUUCCAAGCCAACUUCUGCUCUGCGAACGACCCCACAGGCUCUGAGAAGCUCGGUGUGUUCCUCCGGCAGAUCAUCAUUCGCCGCACGCACAAGGAUACACUGUUCGGUGCUCGUCUUUUGGAUCUCCCCACGCCGAAGCAGAACACCAUCUUCCUGGAGUUCAACGCAGUGGAGCGGACCGUGUAUGAGAUUGUGAAGCAGAGGUUCAUCCAACGCAUCAAUACCAUCGUCAAGAAAGACGUAAUGCCCUCUCAGGCUCAGUACACGCACAUCUGGACAAUGCUGCUGCGACUUCGACAGAUCUGCUCUCACGUCCUGCUCAUUCAAGACACCAUACUCGAUCUACUGGAGAGAGAGGACUUUGAGAAGCUUGAGGAAAUCACUCAAGAGACAGCAGGGCACACACAGGAUGAGCUCAAAACUCUUGAGCAGCUCCGCCACGUGCUACAUGAACAUACAGUAAAGGCGGCAGCAGCUGCUACUGCUACUGCGAAUUCUGGAGAGGCAGCGGAUGCUAGCGACGCGGGUGUUGACGUGGAUGUUGUCCCUAGAGGUUCCACCACCUCUGGUGGAUUGAUUCUUGACCUGGGCAAGAAGCACGGCAAGACCUAUCCUUUUCAGAAGUAUCUGCAUUCGGCCGCUGAAUCGGAUGAGAUGGGUGCCAUCAAUGAUCGCAUGAAAUGCUGCGGUUGCCGUGAAGAGCCAUUCGAUGCACACAUCACUUCUUGCCAUCACAUCUACUGCAAAGCUUGUAUGCUAGAUUUGCAGCACGCCGCAGCUCGCGCUGGACGCCCCGCAGCGCGAUGYAGCCAGUGUGCGGAGCAGUUCACUGCGGUGAAGAUGCUUCCCAAGAAGCCGACCCCCGUCGCGUCACACGGCACCGAGACUGGCCGUAGUGCUUCAGAAGACGAUGGCAAGAAGAAGAAGACGAAGAACGAACCACUUGACUGGAUUGGACAAUCUGGCGGAGUUCUACCAAGUGCGAAGACCGUGGCUUGCAAGGCGCAAAUCCUCACCUGGCUCGCCGAAUCACCAAACUGCAAGAUUAUCGUUUACACCCAGUUCUUGCCAAUGAUUCGCAUCAUGGCCAAGGUGUGUCAAGGUGAGGGUUGGGGUCACCUGAAGUACUCUGGCAAUAUGUCGCACACUGCCCGCGAGAAAGCCCUUGCGGAGUUCGCGGAGGAUUCAACUAAGCGCGUGAUGCUGAUGUCGCUGAAGUGCGGCGGUCUCGGGCUCAACAUCGUUGCCGCUUCUCGUGUGAUCCUUAUGGAUCCCUGGUGGAACGAUGCGGUCGAGCAGCAGGCAUUCUGCAGAGUGUUCCGCAUCGGACAGACGGACGAGACCCGCCUCACGCGCCUCUGCGUUAAGCAGUCCAUCGAUGCAGCCAUGUUCGCUGUGAAGGAGAGGAAGACGGCAGAAAUCGACAAGGUCAUGCAGGAGACCAAGGUAGGUCCUCGUUCGGUCCAGGACCUGGUUAAACUCUUCGGUCCAAACGAGGACGAUGACGAUGGUAAUCCAGGUUUCAUUUUCCCGGACGAGGACGAGGACGACGAUGAAGACGAGGUCGCGGCGCGGUACUACGAGAGGGAGAAGUCUACCUUCUUCAACCGUGGAGGGCAGGAGCCUGGAUUCAUGGGUAAUGAUUUUUGA